UGGAUGUCUCUGACAAUGCAGCUCUUGAUCCUCGUCCUGCUUCCCUUGGCCUUUCUCCUUCCCCCUGGGUCUCAGGCUGGUGAGAUCAUUGGAGGCCUGGAAGCCAAGCCCCACUCCAGACCCUACAUGGCCUGUCUGUCUAUACAACGCAGAGGGAAGACCUAUAUUUGUGGAGGGUUCCUGGUGGCAGAGAACUUCGUGCUGACGGCCGCUCACUGCAAUGGAGACGAGAUCAUCGUCAAGCUGGGAGCCCAUAACAUUAGAGAAUGGGAACAGAGCCAACAGACAAUCUCUGUGUGCCACCAGAUCCCCCAUCCGCAAUACAACAAAGAGACCACAAACAAUGACAUCAUGCUGCUGCAGCUGGCAGAGAGAGCGAAGCUGAACAGAUGGGUGGAUACCAUCGCCCUGCCCCGCGCCAAUGAGAGGGUAGAGGCCGGGGCCAUGUGCAACGUCGCUGGCUGGGGCGGCACUAGCACACAUUGUGAAUCAAACUCAGCCAGGCUCCAGGAGGUGGACGUGUUGGUGAUGCAGGAUGCUGCAUGUCCUAGUAAUGGGCCAUACCAUUACUAUAAUGCCUCCACCAUGAUGUGUGUGGGGGAUCCAAAGAUGGGAAAAGACUCUUGGAAGGGCGAUUCUGGAGGCCCCCUGGUGUGUGGGGAAACAGCCCAGGGCAUCAUCUCUUGGGGGCCUCCCACCCCUCCUGGGGUGUACACGAAAGUCGCCACCUUCAUUCCCUGGAUAGAGGCGACGAUGAGGAGGCUGAAGCCCUGAGCCAAGCCGGGAAUA